AUGGACUGCAACGCGACCUCGCUGCCGGUGGCGUACUCGUUCGUCGAGGAGCGCCGCUGGACGCCGUCGGCAGCCGCGUCGCUGCUCUGUCUUCUGAUGUCCAGCGCUAGCUGCGCCGGAGGACUGGUCGGCAACUUUCUGCUGACCUUUGCUAUCCUGAGGACACCACCGCUGCGGCGCACCAACACCAACCAGCUGGUGCUGCAGCUGUGCUUGACUGGUGUCGGUGUCGCCGCCACCAACGUGCCUUUGCUGCUGGCCAUACUGGUGGUCACCUCUACGGGACAGGCGCUACCAGCGAUCGUCUGUGACCUUCAGACAGUGACCUUCACGGCUGGCGUGACCUGUCAGCUGGGACUGCUCUCUGCCAUCAGCUACGAGAGGUUCCACUGUGUGGCCUACCCGUUCAAGACGACCAAUAAUCAAGGGCAACGCCUCAGGAUAGAGCUGGGCCUGGUCUGGUCGGCGGCGGUGACCUGCGGGCUGGCGGACGUGCGCCUCUCCCCGGAGACGGCCGUCACGGCCCUCUGCGCCGGCCGCCAGCUGGGCGCACACUUCGCCAACACCUUCUGCCUCCUGCACUUCCCCAUCGGCGCCAUCAACAUCGUGAUCAUUGGCACGUUUUACCUACGCAUUUACUUAGAGAUCAAGGAGCACGUCAAGAAGAUGAACGACAAAACGCUUGCGCAGAGAACACAGCAGGCCGUGGAGCAGCCUUUUACGCCGCCAUCAACCGCUGGUGGAAGGAGGCUGAGCUUUCUAUUCCCGUCAUCAGCACCAGUCUCGCGCUCCAGCUCGAUAUUGUUCGCCAACGGACUGGAAACCAAUCGGACUCCGGCGAGUAGACCACGCUGGCUCUCCCUGAAACGACUGCAGAUUUUCCCAUCUCGCCAGCGUCGCAAGAGCGUCGCCCAGACUCGACUCAGUGUGGUGUCCGAACUGCACACGCUACCAUCUGCCGGCACUCCGCUGAACCAGCCGGAGGCGCCGAUGCCCGGCCGGCUGACGUCGCCGGACCUCUCUGUUCUCGGCGAGGCCGCCGAUGCCGAGCUGAAGCAGCCCAUCACAGGAUCCCCGCCUUUAAUAGCGCCACGGCUGGCCUCAGCAGACUCAGACAGUGGCGUGGACGAACCCAGCGGUGGCGACCGCGGCAGGCCGCUCGGUUCGUCCGUAGUCAGCAACGUCACUUGCAACAGCGCUACCUAUACAAGCGCUGACAGCGCCCCUGGCGGCAGACCGCUCAGUUUCGACGGCAUCCCGCUGAUCGACGACUCGGAUGGCGAGGCGGCCGAGGCCGAGGACUCGGUGGGUCAGGCCGCACCUGUGCGCCGCGUCUCGUCGCACCUGCGCCGCUCCUGUCGGCGACCUCCGCUGCUCGAGCUGACAUCUGUCGACGAUUCCGUCGCCCCCGUUCCGGCUGUUGACAUCGACGGCAAUGUGUCGCUGGCGCGUUCCACGCGACAGCACCGGCUGGUCGGCGCCGUCUGCGUCAUGAAUAGCAAGGCACGCUUGCGCGGCAGGAAGAAGAUGGAGGGCAAGAUGGCGGCGCGCGCGGUGCUCAUCAUCGUGGUGUUCCUGCUGUUCUGGCUGCCGCUGGUGGUUGGCGCGGUGGUGUCGGAGGCGUUGCUGACGUGUGACUUCCAGCGCUGGGCCAGCCCGCUGGCGGAGCUGCAGCUGCUCGCGCUCUGCUUCUGCAACCUGAGCGUAGUGGCCAACCCGGCGCUGUACGGGCUGAUGGUGCAGCAGUACCGGACGGCGCUGCGCCAGCUGGGCGCCGCCGCCUGCGGCCUGCGCGCCAUCUGCACCGCCUACCACUCCGAGUUCAGCCACUGAACGUGCCACCACCACGGGCGAACCAGCAGCUGGAUACCGCGACGCGAUCUGGAAAAAUCGGGUUUUAUAUUCAUGUACUGUUGGCUGAGGUCAGUAAAUUGCCGCUGACCACGCAGACCUAUUAGUGUUUGGAGGCUGCGUUCCUGUGCUUUACAGUGUGCUCAGCGUGAACUUGGGCAAUCUGCUGCGCUCAUUAGGUGCUUGUUCACUGUAUCUCGGUGUGACUUAAGACUAGCCUGCAAAGAUCAUUUCGUGCAUGUUUGUUUCAUGGUGUUGUGUUUUUAGCACUGUUUGCUGUGACAAGGUGGUUGAACCGUGCAGUUGGCAAGCUUUAUACUUUGUUGUCGGCGGAGGGAAGCUAUG